AUGCAUUACGAAUAUUACCUUGGGGGAGUCGUUGAUAAAUCUUUUAUACCAAUUUAUCUCUUUCUUUCUGGUGCUGGUACCGGAAAAUUCCAAAGACCUGAAACUAAAGAAAGAAUUAGUAACGCAUGGGUAUUCAAUAUCAGCUUCGAAAACGGUAAUAGCUUAAGGUAUGGUGUGGAAAAAGAAGCAUAUAGUGCAAUUAGAACUAGAAUUCUUAAACAACUUCUUAUGGAAAAACAUCUGGAAUUGAUAAUUGCAGAAUAUGAAGCACCAUUACCAUGGCAAAUGUUCGAGUUAUUAGCCAAGUACGAAGAGAUUGAAAUGAAAGACGCUACGAUUUUUUUAAUUGUCGAUGGAUUACAUUCGAUUAAUGAUUGGAAUGAUCAAUCAUCUGAUUUUUUCCGGACUCUGACUAAUAUACACGACCUUGCUUUGAGUGGUGCUUUCUGGAUGAUUGUGGAGGGGAGGGCUCUCGAAGCUUUACAAGAGAUCCUGGAAAAACGCGAUAUUAAAAAAGUUAAUGUAAAUGAUUUAAUGAACGAUUUACGUAAAAGACUUCGUGACAGGUACAGUGAGGCGUUUCAAUUUUCACCAAGUGACUGUAGAGCUAUAGGUCGGGCGAUGUUAACUCGAGUACUCUUGGAAUCUGAUAAAUUUAUCCCUGGUACGAGUAAGUACCCUGGAGAAGUUGCUUGGCCAGGGUUGAUUAGCUACAAACGAAUAGGUGAAACUCAAUCUGGAUACCUGAUUGCUCCUUACAUCUGGAUUUGUAUACUAACGCAAUCUUCCGAUGUCAAAUUAAAUCCAAAAAGACCACCAGGUGCUCAAUUUUGGCAACACUUUGAGCAUUUUGUUGCAUCUUACCGGACAUUGAAAUCUAGAAUGGUGAAUGACAAUGAGGUAACAACAAUUGCAAAAAUUCACACUGGAGCAAGAUUGAAUAGUGAUGAUUUUCAAUUUAUAAAUCAUCAUCUUGAAUUGGAAAUUGCAAAUCACCAGGAGGACACAAAUUCGGCAAAUUAUACUGGAAAUAAAAAAGAAAUUAAAUGUGAUAAUGGUAUUUUUGAUGUUCGUAAAGGUAAACAUUGUAUAAUCAACGGAGUCUCAGCACCGUAUGAUGACGCAUUCCUUGGAUUAGAUUUGAAUUCGAACAUUCCAAACCCAAACGAAGUGCAUCAAUAUAAAAAUCUUCCAAAAAACACCGGAUAUGUAGAUAAAUCCAAUUGGGUUGAAUAUUUCGGGCCCUAUGCUGGCAGAGCGUUAACGUAUGCUCAUGUAGGCUCUUUGGAUAUAAAUAACGCAGAUAAAAGGGAUCUCGAGCUAGUGGAAGGAGCUGGUUCAGAACGAGCAGAUAUCAUUUUCAACAAAAGAAAAUUUAUAGAUAUUGAUGAUGCAUAUAAUAAUU